UCCCAAGGCUAACAGCUUAAUUUGCUCUGUGCUAUGGGAGGACUGUGCAAGGGUGGCAUGUUGCCUAGCUAAUGUCAAAAGCUCCGUGUAUUUAGUCCCCACUGGCUUUUGAAGCAAAUACCUAAAGCUCCUGCUCGCCCUUCCCUCUUCAGGCCGUUGCGGCCAAGUGCUGGUGUAAGGCAGUGCUGCAGGCAUGCUGGGGAGGUGCUGCCGGUGCUGGGGGAGCGCUGCCAGGCCCGCAGGCUGCCUGGGCGUGCUUGGCUCAAUUUGCAACCCUAGAACCGGUUUUUCAGUGCAGCAGGGAAAACACACCCCAGGCAAAUGCCCAGCACCUCCCUCAGCACACCUGCAUGAGGCCCUUUCCGUCAGAGGCAAAAAGAGGACCUGAAGGCUGCAAUGAAGGGGCUGAGCGAUCUGUUCGGCUUCAGGGAGGAUGUGAGGCAGGCAGCUGCAGCAGCCAGCCACGACAGUCUAUUGCCAGAUGAGAGAGAAUUUCAGUAUGCUGCUAAAAUGAACAAUUUGGAAACCAUGGAAAAAUUAUUUAAAAAGAAUGUUAACAUAAAUGCUGUAGAUACUUUGAAGCGCACUGCCCUUCAUUUUGCUGUCGCAAGAAAUCAUGUAUCUGCAGUGGAUUUUCUUCUCCAUCACAAAGCUAGACUUGACAUUGCAGAUCAGCAUGGCCUGACAGUGAUUCAUCUUGCGGCUUGGUCUGGAAAUCUGGAUAUUAUGCGAAAAUUAGUUAAAGCAGGUGCUGAUCAAAAAGCUAAGAAUGAGGAAGGAAGGAAUGUACUGCAUUUUGCAGCUCAGAACAACAGUGUUAAAAUAGUCGAUUAUUUUCUCCAAGAUCUUCAUCUGAAUGACUUGAACAAGCCUGAUGGGAAAGGUAAAAAGCCAUUUCUUCUGGCAUCUGAAAAAGGCCAUGCUGACAUGAUAAACAAUUUGAUUACUCUAAAGCUGUUUACAUCUGAAAAAGAUAAGGAGGGAAACACAGCAUUGCAUCUAGCAGCUAAAAAUGGUCACAGCAAAGUUGUAGAAAUUCUGCUCGGACAGUGGGAAGAAAUAAAUGACCUCAAUCAGAAUGGAGAAACUCCAUUUUAUUUGUCUGUUGAAGGAGGUCAUGAAAAAUGUGCUGAACUCUUGCUGGAAGCAGGGAGUGACAUCAACCUUUUAACUCAAAACAAUACCAAUGCUUUGCAAAUUGCAAUCCAGAACGGACAUCUAUCCUUGGUCACAUUUCUUCUUGAUAAGAAUAUUGACCUUGUCCCUAAACCAGAGCAGAAGAAUUCCCCUCUCCAUUUAGCAGUCAUCAAUAAUCAUCUACCUGUAGUAAAAAGCCUCUUGGAUGCCAGUCAUGAUAUAAACUCCUUAAAUCACAGGCAGGAAACCCCUUUACAUCUGGCAGCUGAUCUUGGCAAUGUGGAGCUGGCAGAACUGCUGCUGAAGGCAGGCUGUGAUCUCAAGACUGUGGAUAAGCAUGGAAAAACUGCACUAGCUGUGGCAUCAAGGAGCAAUUAUGCCCUCAUCGUAGAUAUGAUCAUUAAAGCAGAAAGGUACUAUGCUAGAAAACAGGAACAUCUAGAUCAUAAUGAUGCUGAGUCAGAUUUUGUUUUGUCUUUCAAACAAGAUCACAGUACACAGACCAAGCAAAUCCGUUCCUCCCUUUGGAAUCUAGCAUACAAUCGGUUAAAACCCCAGGAAUGGAAAAAACUGGCUCUGUUCUGGAAGUUCACAGAUGAACAAAUUAAAGCUAUUGAAGAACAAUGGACAGGAAAAAAAAGUUAUAAGGAACAUGGACACAGAAUGCUGCUCAUCUGGUUACAUGGUAUAUUGCUGGCUCAUCAGAAUCCUGUCAAACAUAUAUAUGAAGAUCUGAUGGAAACAGGAUUUCAACGUUUAGCUGAGAAGAUCAGAACUGAAAGUAGCACUGACAAGGAGUCCAGAAAAUGUGCAAUUUCAUGAGUUCAUCAAGGGAACAUGGUAUAUAUGAUGGAAUUACAUGCCAGAUGGAAAGUGCCUUUCAAAAUACAAAUAAGAAUUUUUUUGGAAACCUAUUUUGAUUGUAUAACUUUUUCCAAGCUAGAAGAACUUGCACUCCUGAAAUGCUGGUUAGUUGUUUGUCUCAUGCUUUGCCCUACAAUAAUUUACAGCUUUCAAGAGCAAACGGCUGGCUGGUUAUUUGUGACUACACUGUUAAUAAGAGGCCUCCUCUUUUCCCCUUCCCUCCCCUGAAAAUUUCUGUAGUUGACAUAACAUUGCUAUAAUAAUUCCAUGUUGGAACUGCACAAUUAAGCUAUUUUGUUUGACAUGAAAUAUAAAUGAGAUGUUUUCUAGCUGAAAGAAAUUAAAUUUAAUAAGUGAAAAUUAUGUGUAUAAAUCAACAGUUCCAGAAAUAGAUUGGCAUCUGGCCUCAUUUUGGAUUCAGGUUUUUAUACAAUCUAGUGCUAGGAUUAUAGGUUUCCUGUCUGAAGAGGGCUUUUCCCUUGAUUAGUGCUAGGACCUGGAACAAACGCAUCUUCUUAAGCAUUUGAUUUAUGUAGUGAAAAUACACAAAAAUGCCAUGUCUAUAACCAUCUGUGACUGGCUGCAGAGCUUGUCCAGUCAUGGCAUAUCCUUGUAUACAUACUCAAAAAGGACAUUUGAUAUUUUAAUACUUAGCAUAUUCAGAAAUUAAUAUUUACCUAGUUCUUGUUCAUGUCUUGAAUUAAUGUUUGGUAGUGUUUUUCAGAACAUGGUUAAAGGCCUUCUGUUUAGAUUAUUGAAAAUAUUUUACAUCUAGAAAGUUAUGUAAAUAUUUAUCUUCCUGGUCUCUUUUAUAACAAAACAGCAGUAGCUCUAGCUACGUACAGACAGACAAGGCAAUAUUUCAAUUUUUCCAUUAAAGCUAAAAUUACUUUCCAUUGAACCUUACUGUUUGUAUUAAAAAUUAUGAUAACCUCUAUACUUGGUCUGAAGUCUUAAACUUAACUCUGCCCUCUUGUGUGCAACAUCUUUCUACAAGAGAGUGAAGAACAGGUAGGCAACCCCCCAGGUUUUGAAAUUGGGGAUCUAAGAUAAAUCACAAAUUCUUAGAUCUACAGCAGGUAAGCAUCAAUUCCUACAUUGGCUUGAAAAAUGAGAAUGCUUAGCGAUUUGAAUUAGGUAACUCACCUGAACCAAAUCACAUCCUGGUUGUGAAGGUUACCCCUUUGUUGUUAUUCAUUAAAGUUUGAUGUAGAAUUUAGGUCUGAAGUUAUAAUAGGAUCUUUAAGAGCAUAUGUAACUAAAAUAAAUCUGAUUUUCACUUGAAAGUAGAUAUUAGUAACAUUAUAACUAAACAAAAGAGCUUCAGACAAAAAUGUCAUAUUUGAUCCUUUAUUUAAAAGUGUUCAACAGAUUCCUUAAAUAAAGUGUUUAUCUUAAUAAAAUAAGUUCUCAAAAAGUUUGGAGGUAGAACAACGUUUCAAGGUCUUUUCCCCCCCCCUCCACAUGCUUACUAUAAGCAUUUUUACAAAAUUUUUUUAAAAAGUAAAAACAUGAUACACCUUUUAGGCCUUGCUAUGUCAAGUCUGAAAACACUGGGAAGAGCUUUAAAUUGUACCUUUGUAACAACCCUCCACCAGUGAGAAAGAUUUGCGUGCGUAAGAUAUUCACUCAGUCAACAACCUUUAUUGACUGAACACUGGCAGGAGGCUGGCUCUGAAGCAUUCGCCCAGCUUGCCCUGCAGGUCUCACAGUGGUAGAACCAGAAGCAUGGAGCACAGUUCGAGGAUAUUUAGCAGCAGUGGCUUGCGAUAUGGUCUGCUGAAAUGUAAUCAGAUACAACAAAACACUUACAGUAUUAAAAAAUUCCCAUUAAAUUAGCUCUAAAUGAGCUGUAGUUUAAAUAGAAAGAUGUGAUCUAUAUACUUCUCAAGAAAAAAAGUCAUAAGGUGACAUUAAAGGUAUGAGUGAUUUUUCUUUUUUUUUCCUUCCUCAUCUGUAAUAGAUACUUUUUAGAAUACUAAAUGAAAAGUGCUAGACUUCUGAUUAACUAGAUAGCCUGAGCUUGUAUCACCUCAAUCUUGUUUCAGGUUGUUUGCAUUUUUUUUUCUGUAGUGCUGAUUUAAUCAUGCCAACAUUCCUUUUAAGUUCAGUAUUUGUUACAAGGAAGUUAAAUUGGUCUCUGAAAGGAAGAGGUUUGCAUUUCCUUGACAAGUGUGAAACAGCUAGCGUAGUUACUGUAAUAAACAGUAGUCCAACUGCUUUUAAUCAAGGUAAGCUCUUUCCACUAUCAGAUUAAUUUGAAAGAAGUAGUUCAAUCUGAUUGAAUUCCAAUUAGGCAUUUAUUUACAAGAAGAGUACAUGGUAUAUACUUCUAAGAGUGUCACACGACUGAAAGCAGAACAUCCCUCAAAGGAACAGAUGCCAGCAACUCCCUCAGCUCGAAUGAAGGGAUCUGAAGUAUCUCUGCUUGUUCUGGUAUUAUCACUCAGGAAAAGCUGGACUUUUAAAUAGCUUACAGAAGACUCAGAUACUACUUUACAGGUUAAAGUAUAAAACAUUUUCAACUAAGUCAUGUUUUGAACACUUCCAGUCAUUAAAAAAAAAAGUUUGCUCAGAUCGAUCUAAGAAAAUGUAGUGACUGCAUAAGCCAUUUAGGCCACUGUUUACAGCCCUCCUGUAUGUUGUUUUCAUACCCUGUUAAUGCACUUACCUUACAGUGUUUUCUGUAGGAAAUAUGGAAGGGGUGGGGCAGGGUAAGAAUAAAAAUACAGCAUGAAUUUU